GUGUCGGCGGCUCGGCUGUAAGGAGGUGGCAGGGACAACCACAACGGCCGGGGGAGGAGAAGGCGGCAGCGGCGAUUCUAGGCGGCCCAGGCGGCGGGGAGGAGGAGAAGGAGGAGGGUGGCGGCCGGGCUUGGCUUCGGCUCCUUGAGGAGUUGGCGGCGGCGCGACCCGGGGAACCGGCAUUGCUUCUCCAUCCUGCUAACCUGCCUCCUCUCACACCUCCAAGACUCCUCCCUCAAACCCUCUGGUUUGGGAAUAGAGAAUGCUUACGCUUGAAAAUCUUCAGUUUGGAGACUCAGCAGCCCCUUGAAGACAGUUUCAUUUGUCCCAGCUUUUGGAGAAAAUGAGGCUCAGAGGAAAUGAGAUCUCUACCCCAGGUUCUAUGCUCUGUGUUAUUUAUCAUCUCGAUAACCCCAUGGGGAAGAUGUCCAGCUCGCCGCUGUCCAAGAAACGUCGCGUGUCCGGGCCUGAUCCAAAGCCGGGUUCUAACUGCUCCCCUGCCCAGUCCGUGUUGUCCGAAGUGCCCUCGGUGCCAACCAACGGAAUGGCCAAGAACGGCAGUGAAGCAGACAUAGACGAGGGCCUUUACUCCCGGCAGCUGUAUGUGUUGGGCCAUGAGGCAAUGAAGCGGCUCCAGACAUCCAGUGUCCUGGUAUCAGGCCUGCGGGGCCUGGGCGUGGAGAUCGCUAAGAACAUCAUCCUUGGUGGGGUCAAGGCUGUUACCCUACAUGACCAGGGCACUGCCCAGUGGGCUGAUCUUUCCUCCCAGUUCUACCUGCGGGAGGAGGACAUCGGUAAAAACCGGGCCGAGGUAUCACAGCCCCGCCUCGCUGAGCUCAACAGCUAUGUGCCUGUCACUGCCUACACUGGACCCCUCGUUGAGGACUUCCUUAGUGGUUUCCAGGUGGUGGUGCUCACCAACACCCCCCUGGAGGACCAGCUGCGAGUGGGUGAGUUCUGUCACAACCGUGGCAUCAAGCUGGUGGUGGCAGACACGCGGGGCCUGUUUGGGCAGCUCUUCUGUGACUUUGGAGAGGAAAUGAUCCUCACAGAUUCCAAUGGGGAGCAGCCACUCAGUGCUAUGGUUUCUAUGGUUACCAAGGACAACCCCGGUGUGGUUACCUGCCUGGAUGAGGCCCGACACGGGUUUGAGAGCGGGGACUUUGUCUCCUUUUCAGAAGUACAGGGCAUGGUUGAACUCAACGGAAAUCAGCCCAUGGAGAUCAAAGUCCUGGGUCCUUAUACCUUUAGCAUCUGUGACACCUCCAACUUCUCCGACUACAUCCGUGGAGGCAUCGUCAGUCAGGUCAAAGUACCUAAGAAGAUUAGCUUUAAAUCCUUGGUGGCCUCACUGGCAGAACCUGACUUUGUGAUGACGGACUUCGCCAAGUUUUCUCGCCCUGCCCAGCUGCACAUUGGCUUCCAGGCCCUGCACCAGUUCUGUGCUCAGCAUGGCCGGCCACCUCGGCCCCGCAAUGAGGAGGAUGCAGCAGAACUGGUAGCCUUAGCACAGGCUGUGAAUGCUCGAGCCCUGCCAGCAGUGCAGCAAAAUAACCUGGACGAGGACCUCAUCCGGAAGCUGGCAUAUGUGGCUGCUGGGGAUCUGGCACCCAUAAACGCCUUCAUUGGGGGCCUGGCUGCCCAGGAAGUCAUGAAGGCCUGCUCCGGGAAGUUCAUGCCCAUCAUGCAGUGGCUAUACUUUGAUGCCCUUGAGUGUCUCCCUGAGGACAAAGAGGUCCUCACAGAGGACAAGUGCCUCCAGCGCCAGAACCGUUAUGACGGGCAAGUGGCUGUGUUUGGCUCAGACCUGCAAGAGAAGCUGGGCAAGCAGAAGUAUUUCCUGGUGGGUGCGGGGGCCAUUGGCUGUGAGCUGCUCAAGAACUUUGCCAUGAUUGGGCUGGGCUGCGGGGAGGGUGGAGAAAUCAUCGUUACAGACAUGGACACCAUUGAGAAGUCAAAUCUGAAUCGACAGUUUCUUUUCCGGCCCUGGGAUGUCACGAAGUUAAAGUCUGACACGGCUGCUGCAGCUGUGCGCCAAAUGAAUCCACAUAUCCGGGUGACAAGCCACCAGAACCGUGUGGGUCCUGACACGGAGCGCAUCUAUGAUGACGAUUUUUUCCAAAACCUAGAUGGCGUGGCCAAUGCCCUGGACAACGUGGAUGCCCGCAUGUACAUGGACCGCCGCUGUGUCUACUACCGGAAGCCACUGCUGGAGUCAGGCACACUGGGCACCAAAGGCAAUGUGCAGGUGGUGAUCCCCUUCCUGACAGAGUCGUACAGUUCCAGCCAGGACCCACCUGAGAAGUCCAUCCCCAUCUGUACCCUGAAGAACUUCCCUAAUGCCAUCGAGCACACCCUGCAGUGGGCUCGGGAUGAGUUUGAAGGCCUCUUCAAGCAGCCAGCAGAAAAUGUCAACCAGUACCUCACAGACCCCAAGUUUGUGGAGCGAACACUGCGGCUGGCAGGCACCCAGCCCUUGGAGGUGCUGGAGGCUGUGCAGCGCAGCCUGGUGCUGCAGCGACCACAGACCUGGGCUGACUGCGUGACCUGGGCCUGCCACCACUGGCACACCCAGUACUCGAACAACAUCCGGCAGCUGCUGCACAACUUCCCUCCUGACCAGCUCACAAGCUCAGGAGCGCCGUUCUGGUCUGGGCCCAAACGCUGUCCACACCCGCUCACCUUUGAUGUCAACAAUCCCCUGCAUCUGGACUAUGUGAUGGCUGCUGCCAACCUGUUUGCCCAGACCUACGGGCUGACAGGCUCUCAGGACCGAGCUGCUGUGGCCACACUCCUGCAGUCUGUGCAGGUCCCCGAAUUCACCCCCAAGUCUGGCGUCAAGAUCCAUGUUUCUGACCAGGAGCUGCAGAGCGCCAAUGCCUCUGUUGAUGACAGUCGUCUAGAAGAGCUCAAAGCCACUCUGCCCAGCCCAGACAAGCUCCCUGGAUUCAAGAUGUACCCCAUUGACUUUGAGAAGGAUGAUGACAGCAACUUUCAUAUGGAUUUCAUCGUGGCUGCAUCCAACCUCCGGGCAGAAAACUAUGACAUUCCUCCUGCAGACCGGCACAAGAGCAAGCUGAUUGCAGGGAAGAUCAUCCCAGCCAUUGCCACGACCACAGCAGCCGUGGUUGGCCUUGUGUGUCUGGAGCUGUACAAGGUUGUGCAGGGGCACCGACAGCUUGACUCCUACAAGAAUGGUUUCCUCAACUUGGCCCUGCCUUUCUUUGGUUUCUCUGAACCCCUUGCCGCACCACGUCACCAGUACUAUAACCAAGAGUGGACAUUGUGGGAUCGCUUUGAGGUACAAGGGCUGCAGCCUAAUGGUGAGGAGAUGACCCUCAAACAGUUCCUCGACUAUUUUAAGACAGAGCACAAAUUAGAGAUCACCAUGCUGUCCCAGGGCGUGUCCAUGCUCUAUUCCUUCUUCAUGCCAGCUGCCAAGCUCAAGGAACGGUUGGAUCAGCCGAUGACAGAGAUUGUGAGCCGUGUGUCGAAGCGAAAGCUGGGCCGCCACGUGCGGGCGCUGGUGCUUGAGCUGUGCUGUAACGACGAGAGCGGCGAGGAUGUCGAGGUUCCCUAUGUCCGAUACACCAUCCGCUGACCCCGUCUGCUCCUCUAGGCUGGCCCCUUGUCCACCCCUCUCCACACCCCUUCCAGCCCAGGGUUCCCAUUUGGCUUCUGGCAGUGGCCCAACUAGCCAAGUCUGGUGUUCCCUCAUCAUCCCCCUACCUGAACCCCUCUUGCCACUGCCUUCUACCUUGUUUGAAACCUGAAUCCUAAUAAAGAAUUAAUAACUCCCA